GUGAUAAAAAAAAUCUCUUCUAUUCUUGUGCCUCCAAUCUUAAUGUUUUAUAUUUAAGCACAUUAUUAAGAAUCCUGAGGAGCUGCGACAAGAACUAGAGAAACAGCUGGAAAUUUGGCAGGCUGGAAACAUUGAUGAGGAGAAAGCAGCAGCAGAAAUGUGGCAGAGAUACCUUCUCCUCACUGCAGCCCUCUCCCAGCAACUGUGUGAGCAGCUCCGACUCAUACUGGAACCAACUCAGGCAGCCAAGCUGAAAGGCGAUUACAGGACAGGAAAAAGACUGAACAUGCGCAAAGUUAUUCCCUAUAUUGCUAGCCAGUUUCGAAAGGAUAAAAUCUGGUUACGAAGGACGAAGCCCAGCAAACGACAGUACCAGAUUUGCUUGGCCCUAGAUGAUUCGACUAGCAUGAUAGAUAACCACUCUAAACAGCUUGCCUAUGAAUCCCUGGCAGUAAUUGGAAAUGCAUUAACCCUCUUAGAAGUUGGAAAGAUAGCUGUGUGUAGUUUUGGAGAAACAGUUCAGUUACUGCAUCCAUUCCAUGAACAAUUUAAUGACCAAUCAGGAACUCGGAUACUACGACUUUGCAAAUUUGAACAGAAGAAAACUAAGAUAGCUCAGUUUUUAGAAUCCACGACAAGUAUGUUUGCUGCCGCACAGCAGUUUUCUCAGAACAUGAAUCCAGGUGAGUGUCCUGCCCUCAGCAGUAGCUUUUACUGUCAUGAAUGUACCAUAAAGAUUGAUUUAGAGGAAAGCAGAGUGAAAAUUAAGGGAAAGAACAUUAACAAUUUGAAAUAUGCUGAUGAUGUCACGUUACUGCCAGUGAAAGUUAGAGCAGACAGUGCCAAAGCCAGACUGCACCUGAAUAUCAAGAAGCCAAAA